UCAACUUCCGUCUGGGCCCUACAAGUGGUCAAUAUCUCAAUGCAACAGGCGGCUCCGGCGUGUUGCUCUCCCGUUACUCUACCGGACUGUCUAUAUUCCCAACGUCAAUUCUUUAGGCAUGUUCCUUCGAAACAUGAUCCAAACCCCUGGAAAUGCCAGUCUAGUAAAGAUCUUGCAAGUGGACUGCGGGCUAGGGUCUACUCUCCGGAUCAAGCCUUUCUGUGGAACAUCGAAGAGGGAGACCCAAAGACGAACCUAGCACACCUCCUGCAUCUCCUCAGCGAACUAGAGAUAUUGGAUAUCAAGGCAGGGCCUCGCUACGAUAGGGAUAUUCUCCCCUAUCUCAUUAAUUUCUUGAAUAAAAGUCAUCCAUUGAGCAAGCUACAGAGAUUCGAAUGGCGGAG